GAAAUUAGAAUCACUUGCUAGUUUGGAUCAAGUAUAUAAACAAAACAUCGCCAUACAAGAAGAAAUUGGGCGAGCUGAUGAGGAGAAAAAACCAGAAAACCGCACAGAGGGCUCAAAAGUUGAAGAAGG